AAUCAGUCUUCAUUGUUCAGUAUCAGUCACAGGUCACGGUUGUAAAAUUAGUUUUUUUUUUUUUUAUGCGUUGAUUUUGUGCAAGUAUUACUUCAGAAUGAGAGGUGCCGUGUUAUUGUGUAUGUUUGUGUUAUGCAGUGUCCAUUUUGAAACGGUGUCCGGCACAUUAAACGAGUUCUUCCAGAAUUUCGGGGACAAAAUUUCUGAUGCUUGGCAUUACACUUGGAAUAAUAUUGUGGAUAAUAUAAAGAAGCCAGUGAAAAUUAAACGCCUCGGAAGACUUGGGAAAUUAAAGACGACAGAACCACCAACAACAAUAAUAUCUUCUUCUGGAUUCGACGGCAAAUACGAAAGAAAAUUUGGUGUGGACACAAAAUCAGGUGACCGCGACUAUCUUAUAAAUAAAAAAUAUGAACAAGUGACUGAGAAAAAAGACGAUCUUCUAGAGAAAGAAAUGAUGGGUAUGCAAACUUUAGAGACGGAAACACGUAACGCAAGGUUGACGAAGCUGAUGAUCCCACACUUGAAGCCACCAAAAUGGACGAACAUUGAAGACUGGAGGAAGCUACACAAACCCAUAUAUGGCAAUAUUUAUAAUGAUCACGUUGAAGGUAACGACUUAGAUCUGCCAAUGAACAUUGAACUAAAUUUACCAAGAACGACUUCACUGAAAAAUUCAGAACUAGAUGCAGAUAAAGUGCCAGUAUUAAAUUACAGAACAACGCACGAAAAAUCAAAUGAAAAUUAUAAUGUUGUAGAAUUGGCGCUCCAAAGGAUACAGCGAUCUAAUUUAAGCACCAGCAAUGUGACCAGUCCACGAACAUUUAUUCAAAUCAAACCUCUCAAUUCAGAUUAUUUAGAUGAGCAAGUUGUAGAAAUGGGGCAUCAAAGGAUACAGCGCUCUAACCUAAGUAGCGUCAAUGCGACCAGUCCACGAAUAUUUGUUCAAAUAAAACCAUUCCCUUCAGAAUAUUUUGACGAGCAAGGUGCGACAUUGGGUCCUUCAAGAAAUGAGUCUAUCGCUCUCUCAAAAAGUCGGCAACGCACCGGAGACCCGUAUCGGGCUGCGGGUACGGGUUACCAGGCAAUCAACAUAUUCGUUGCCCACUAUUUAUUUAAAAAUAAAACGCAAGAACGCCAUCAACACAAGAAAUUAGACAAUUAAUAAAUGCUUUUGUAUAACCUUUGUAUAUUAUUUACUCCGAUACAUUUUGUGGCGGGCGGGUAACAGCUACUAAAAACUCCGGUAUACUAAUCACAGUCUAGUAAUGCUUACAGUUCUCCAAUGGCUUUAUUUACGGGACAACCGUUGAUACUAUGUACACAUAAGUUUGUUUCUGUCGGCGAUAUAACCCGACCAGAAACGAGAGUGGGCCUAAAUAUCAUUUAUCACAUACGCAUAAAUAUCUCUGUCGUUUAGCAGGAUAAAUUAUGUGACAUUGAAGUGUUUUGCUUUUUAUUUAGUAUCAGCAAUGAUAACUCUGCCUAAAAAUCGAAGGCACGCAGAACAAACAAAAUAAUCUUUAUUAUCCGCUAUGACGCUUCGCCCAAGGUUCGCGUGUAACAUAAAUGACUUGAAAACUCGGCUUAAUUUAUGACCGGCUGCAUGCCUGACGUGAACCUUUUCAAAAAUGCUGUUGCCUAUCAGAUCUUCAAGCUUCUUAUCCUUUUGCCUUGUAUAAUUCAUGGAGGUGGUCCUAUUCUGGGGCGGGACCCACACGCCUAAUUACUAGGAUGCAACUAAUUCAUAUGGAAAGUUAACAAACCUCUCUUGUUGUCAGUAUGAAAUGUGCCUUCAGGGAACGCUUUAAAGUUGACUUUUCAGUGAACGCACUCUGUGGGAUGGGAUCGGUAUG